AUGCUUGUACCCCGUUUCCAUACAUUUGCAGGCAUUUUUGCCUGUAGCAUCUCUCCAGGUCGAGCUCUAGUAUCAACACAAAGGCGGUUAUUCAGUUCGACUGCUCUGAAGAGUCAUUUUGACGUCCCCACAGAAAACACACAAAAGAAAUCAUCAAACCUUGACCACGGGUCGACGACACUAUUAGUUUGCGGAGAUGGGGAUUUGUCAUAUUCUGCAGGGAUUGCCGAAAAACUCGCAAAGUCCAAUAUCAAUAUGGUAGCAACAGUGUUGGAAGAAGAAAAUAUUCAUCAAACAGUCUACAAGCGUUCUUUGGAGAACUCGGAAUCCAUAUGCAAGCACGAGGGGCACGAGCUUCGCUUUGGCAUUGACGCGACAAAACUCGAAGAAUUCUUUCCCACAACAAGGUUUGACUUUAUCGAGUUCAACUUUCCACAUUGGAGAGGAAAAACGAAUCACCGACAUAACCGUCAACUGCUGUCUGAUUUCUUGCAAAGUGCGUCCCAUGUCGUCAAGCCAGAUGGAGAAAUUCGGGUCGCCCUGUGUGAUGCACAAGGAGGAAUGCCCGCUGCCAGUAUUGAAGAAUGGAAACGAAGCUGGAUGGCUGCAAUGUAUGCAGGAUCUCAUGGUCUGCUGUUGAAGAAACUUGAGCCGUAUGCACCAGACUACGAGCUUUCGUCUCAUCGUGGAGUUGAUCGACCGUUUUGGUUGGGUGACUCGCCUCAGCAGUACACCUUCUCCCUACCCGAUGGAGAUGUUAUUGACGAAGAAUUGCAAAUUAGCUGUCGCCAUGAGCUACGAAUCAGUCUGGAUGACAAACUCGAACAAUGCCCUGUAUCCUAUGAGGAAAUUGUCGUUGGUGACGCUGUCGAAAAACUUGUCCAGCCAUUCAUCCCGGAUGGAAUUGACUUUCAAAUCGCAGCAAGAGAACUGUUGACAUCUGAUAAUAAGCUAAAGGCUGGAGACCCUCCACUUGCAGUCUUUCUGCUAAACUACAGUGGAGCGAGUAUGCCUCUUUCCCGACAAGAUGCCGACGAAAUACGGAAGAACAUUGAAGCGACGGUCGCUAAUGAAUGGAAACUUGAUAUUGCCAAAAAGGGACGCAUGGUCAGCAAGCCGUACCCUUCCGUCUUGCUACCAUCUCUGAUACGCGAUAUAGCUGUUAUUUGUUAG